UUGGACCCUGGGCCGGGCGCACUCACCAGCCUGGGUGAUGUCUGACAGGUCGUAGCUGCGGGCCGCGCCCCGGGGGAAGUGCUUCAAGCGCCGGUUAGACAAGUUAAGGGUCCCGGUGGCCACGGCCUCCUCUAGGGCCCGCUCUGCGCUGCGGCUCCCGGGCAGACCCGGAGACCCUGGCACGGAGAUUGUGGCCGCCGACUCCUCACCCCCGGCGGCGAGAGGGGCCGCUACCGCUGCCGCCAUCCGCUCCCGGCGGCUCCGGCUGCCUGACUGACGGGACCGGCCGUCCCUCCUUCCCCCUCCCCCUCCUUGGAGCCGCCGUAGUCGCCUCAAGGGGGAGGAAAAGGGGUCAGGGACUCCGCGGACCAAUCGUGAUCCGGAGAAGCAUCGGAGGCGGCUAAUCAGAACCCGCCCGGGGGGUGGAGCCUCCGGCGCAGGAGCCAGGCGAGAGGAGGGAGGGGGUGAGAAUGGAGCUCUCGCCAACGGCCGACGCUCCGGGCCGGCCCACGCCGCGCAGCCGCAUCCAAUCACAAUGCUCAGAGUUGGAGAUGGAGCCAAUCAGGUCCUACCAGGAGGCGGGGACACCGGUGCUCAACUAGAAGGGAUAGAGACUGAGAGACCGCAAGCCGGAGACGCUUGGUCCUCUUCUACCGAAGACCAAUCGCAAGCAGAUACAGACGAGUGACUGUCAAGAAGGCCAAUUAGUGCCUCCGGAGGGAACCUGGCCCGGCCUCUUCUCUGAGGGACGGCUCUACCUACCAAUAGCAUGGGCGAGAAGGCGGUCCCUACGCUAAGGAGGAGGCGGGUGAAGCGGAGCUGUCCUUCCUGUGGCCCAGAGCCUGGGGGCCAAGAGAAGAAGGGAAGAGGAAACCCUAUUUCUGUUCAAUUGUUUCCCCCAGAGCUGGUGGAGCAUAUCAUCUCAUUCCUCCCAGUAAGAGAUGUCAUCGCCCUAGGUCAGACCUGCCACUACUUCCACGAAGUGUGCGAUGCUGAGGGCGUGUGGAGACGCAUCUGCCGCAGACUCAGUCCACGCCUUCGAGAGCAGGGUUCUGGGGUCCGGCCCUGGAAGAGAGCUGCCAUUCUUAACUACACAAAGGGCCUGUAUUUUCAGGCAUUUGGUGGCCGCCGCCGAUGUCUCAGCAAGAGCGUGGCCCCCCUUCUAGCCCAUGGCUACCGUCGUUUCUUGCCCACCAAGGACCACGUCUUCAUUCUCGACUAUGUGGGGACCCUGUUCUUCCUCAAAAAUGCACUGGUCUCCUCCACCCUUGGCCAGAUCCAGUGGAAACGGGCCUGCCGCUAUGUUGUGUUGUGUCGUGGAGCCAAGGACUUUGCUUCAGACCCAAGAUGUGACACAGUUUACCGUAAAUACCUCUACGUCUUGGCCACUCGGGAGCAGCCAGGAGUGGUAGGCACAACCAGCAGCCGGGCCUGUGACUGUGUGGAGGUCUAUCUGCAGUCCAGUGGGCAGCGGGUCUUCAAGAUGACGUUCCACCACUCCAUGAGCUUCAAACAGAUUGUGCUGGUUGGUCAGGAGACCCAGCGGGCUCUUUUGCUCCUCACAGAGGAAGGAAAGAUCUACUCUUUGGUAGUGAAUGAGACCCAACUGGACCAGCCACGCUCCUACACAGUUCAGCUGGCCCUCAGGAAGGUGUCCCGUUGCCUGCCUCACCUGCGUGUGACCUGCAUGGCUUCCAACCAGAGCAGUACCCUCUACAUCACGGACCAGGGGGGAGUGUAUUUUGAGGUGCAUACCCCAGGGGUGUAUCGUGAUCUCUUUGGGACCCUUCAAGCCUUUGACCCCUUGGACCAGCAGAUGCCACUCGCUCUCUCACUGCCUGCCAAGAUCCUAUUCUGUGCUCUUGGCUACAAUCACCUUGGCCUGGUGGAUGAAUUUGGCCGAAUCUUUAUGCAGGGAAAUAACAGAUAUGGGCAAUUGGGAACAGGGGACAAAAUGGACCGAGGGGAACCCACUCAGGUACAUUAUCUGCAAUGCCCCAUUGCCCUGUGGUGCGGCCUCAACCAUUCCCUGGUGCUGAGCCAGGGCUCCGACUUCAGCAAGGAACUUCUGGGCUGUGGCUGUGGGGCUGGAGGCCGCCUGCCUGGCUGGCCUAAGGGGAGUGCCUCCUUCGUCAAGCUCCACGUCAAGGUUCCUCUGUGUGCCUGUUCCCUCUGUUCCACCAGAGAGUGCCUCUACAUGCUGUCUAGCCAUGACAUUGAGCACUACCCUGCUUAUCGGGACCUGCCAGCCAGCAGGGUGGUGGGGAGCCCUGAACCCAGCCUGGGGACUGGAGCCCCCCAGGACCCUGGGGGGGCAGCCCGGGCCUGUGAGGAGUACCUCAGCCAGAUCCACAGUUGCCCCACAUUACAGGACCGCAUGGAGAAAAUGAAGGAGAUCGUGGGCUGGAUGCCCUUGAUGGCCGCACAGAAGGAUUUCUUCUGGGAGGCCCUAGACAUGCUGCAGAGGGCUGCUGGCGGUGUUGGCCCAGGCCCAUCAACCCCUGAGAGCUGAUUCCCCAUCUCCUUACCUCACCCCUGGAGGGAGUCCAGCCUGGGCCAGGGGCUAAGGAGAGAUGGCGUGGUGGCAAUGAACACUGUGUGUGCAUGUGGGGAUGGGUCAUGGGGUGGGAACUGCCCAACACGGCAGGGUAGGGCAGGGAACUCUUUUAUAAAAUGUUCAGGGGGCUGCCCAGGAGGGGCCUCCAAUCUGACUAUCAUGGACAAGAGAUUUGAUGGACAAAUAGAAUAAAAGACUGAAGCGAGGCCCCGUUUGGAACCCUGGAGCCUGGGGAGAUUGGGCAGAGGAAGGGGACAGUGCCCACUCAGUGGUCAAAGGAGAACAGGAGCAGCUCAAGCUCUGUUGCUUGAGAGCUGAUGGCACCUGAGUCCUCCGGCUUACUUUCCCCUUCCCACUUUCAAGACCUCACCAGGUCUUUUUUGACUUUGAAGCCCUGGCCCGCCUUCUGGAACAACUCCGUCAGCAUACGCUACUUGGUUCCUGGGUUUGGAUCCUCUGUGUACAGGACCAGUCUUCCACUCCUUCACCUUCCUAAGUCUCCCCUCCAGCCAGAUCCAUGGCCCCCCAUGAAGCUUGAAGGCAGAGCCAAGACCAUGGACUUGCCUGGUAGCUGACAUCUGGAUUCCAGGAAGGAAUCAGAUUGUGGGGGGCCAAGGGAGCAACGAGCAGAGGCUGGGUGUCAGAUACUUGUAGUCAGCUGGAGCAGGAGCAGGGCAAAGGUGGGAGUGCAGGGAGCCUGGUCUCCAGGUCCAACUGGAGGCCCUUGCUGCUGCCGCUCGGCAACUCCCCGCCCCCUCCCCCUACAGCCUCGUGGCUUGUCCACAUCUGGAAGUAGUUAGGCGGCUCCUGUCCCCGGGCUGCCAGGCAGGGUGAGGGGGGAGUAGUGAGGAAGGGAGGCUGAGGAUU